AUGUCAAGCUCCUCAAAUGAUGAAGUAUAUGAGGUUUUUGAGGAAACGGUGGACCAACAAAUCGAUGAUUUCAUCGAUUCUGUUCUAACCAAAGAGCCGAAGAGACGAGUAUACAUCGAAAGAGAUCGGGAACAAGGACACAAUCAACUAUGGCAGGAUUACUUCAGUGAAAAUCCUACAUACACACACGACAUGUUUAGGCGGCGUUUUCGAAUGAACAAGUCUUUGUUCCUUCGCAUUGUCGAACGCCUAGGUAAUGAAAUUCCAUACUUUCAGCAACGAAGAAAUGGUCAUGGAAGGAACGGCCUCUCUACACUUCAAAAAUGCACUUCAGCCAUCCGAUCGUUGGCAUACGGUCACGCGGGCGAUGUCAAUGACGAAUAUCUCAGACUUGCUGCAAGUACUGCAAUUUUAUGUUUGGAGAAUUUUGCGGAAGCGAUAAUACUUUUGUUUGGAGAUGAGUAUCUAAGAACACCUACAACAGAAGAUCUUCAAAGACUACUUGACGCUGGAGAGGCACGCGGGUUUCCGGGGAUGAUAGGCAGCAUCGAUUUUUUUGAUGACAUUUUACAAGGCCGAGCACCUAAAGUGAAGUUCAAGGUCAACAGCCACACUUAUCGUAUGACCUACUAUCUGACCGAUGGAAUUUAUCCUAAUUGGGCAACAUUUAUCCAAUCCAUCCCGCUUCCUCAAGGUCCUAAAGCCCAAAAAUUUGCAGAAAGACAAGAAUCAGUCAGAAAAGAUGUCGAACGGGCAUUUGGAGUCUUGCAAUCGAGGUUUGCAAUUGUAAAAAACCCUGCUCUAAAAUGGGACAAGGAAAAGAUAGGAAAGAUAAUGAGAACGUGUGUCAUAUUGCACAAUAUGAUAGUCGAGGAUGAACGACACGGAUACACUCUAGCUGAUACAUCUGAGUUCGAGUCAGGAGAAUCUAGCCGAAGUGCGAAGGUGAAAACGAGAGAAAGUGUGAAUGUCGAUAUGAUUAACAUUCGCAAUCAAAUUCGGGAUCCAAGCGUACAUGAGCGUUUGAAAGCUGAUUUAGUUGAAAAUGUUUGGGAGAAAUUUGGUAAUCGUGAUGAAUAA